AUAUCUCCUAGUACACAAUAUAAGGUAAGGACAUGGGAAACAUAUAAAGCAACAGAUAAAUUGCCAAAACGUGAAUUGUUAAUUAAAAGUGACUCUAUAUUUAGAGGAUACUUUUUAGAAAAGUAAGGUACCAAAAAUUCCUUCACAAAUGAUGGUUAUUUUAAAACAGGAGAUAUAGUACAAAUUAAUGAUAAUGGUUCUUUAACUUUUUUAGAUAGAUCAAAGGGUUUGGUUAAAUUAUCUCAAGGAGAAUAUAUAGAAACUGAUUUAUUGAAUAAUCUAUAUUCACAAAUUUCUUUUAUAAAUAAUUGCGUUGUUUAUGGUGAUGAUUCUAUGGAUGGUACAUUGGAAAUAAUAUUUGUGGAUAAAUCUUUACUUUUUACUAGUUUAAAGAAUGAUAAUAUGUUAGAAAAAACUGCAGUUACUGAAAAAUAUUAUAAAGUCAAAUUAACUGAUGAAAAUAUAAAUCAUAAUAUUUAUGUUGAUUAUGUUAAGAAUAAAAUGAUGGAUGUUUACGAAAACAAUUUUUUAAACAGAUAUAAUAUUAUUAAUGACAUAUACAUAAAUUCCAAAACAUGGGAUACAAGUAAUUAUUUUACUCCAUCAUUGAAAAUAAAAAGAUUUAAUGUAUUUAAGGAUUUUUCCUUUUUUAUAGAUGAAGUUAAAAUGAAAUAUAAAGACAAAUUAAAAGGAAGUAAGGUAGAUAAUAAAAAUAAUGAAAAAAAGGAAGAUGAAAAACAAAAUGAUCAAAAAAAAGAAGAGAAUGAUUCAAAAAAAUUAAAAAAAGCGUCUGUUUCCGAGCCACAUCAAACAAUAGUAGGAAUACAUCAAGACGUAGAAAAUAAGAAGGUAAAACUCAGAGAAGUAAAUGGAACAAGAGAACUGUCAAAGAAUAAAUGA